AUGGAGUACAAUGUGAUUCUGAAAAAGCUGGGUGACCUCCCAGGCUGGGAGAUCAGCCCCGUCCAGGUUCGUAAAUGCACAGAGAAGUUCCUCGGCUUCAUGAAGGGACGUUUCGAUAAUCUUUUUGGCAAAAUGGAGCAGCUGUUUUUACAGUUGAUUCUGCACAUUCCCCCAAACACUUUGCUUCCGGCAGACAAACCCCAGGAGCUGCAUCCUUGUAGUGAGGAAGAGUUCCGGCUCCUCCAGGAGGAAACUGAACAGUUACAGGAGAAGUGCAAGACCGAAUCAGGCACUAAGCAGGCCCUUCUCGCAGAAUUAGAGGAACAAAAAAUCAUGCAGGCCCAACUUAAGCAGACACUGGUUUUGUUUGAUGAGCUCAAAAAUGCUGGCCGAGAUCACGGGACUAGUGAUUUCACGGAAAGCCUGGUGUUCCUGGUCCAGAACUCCAGAAAACUACAGACUAUUAGGGACACCGUGGAACGGGAAGGCAAGAGAAAGAAAAUACUGUAA